GAGAUUGCUUUGCAGUUUUUGGCGAGAGGAGUAGGGAGGCGUCUCCGGCGGGGUCGCUGCUCUCUUUCCCGUCUUCUUUCUCCCACAGGAUGCCUGGCACAGUGCUUGGCGUUGGGCCAGGAGUAUUCAUUUUAGCACUGCUCUGGGUACUGACCUUGCUGCUGUGUGUGAUGUUAUCCAGAGCUUCUGGACUCGCUAGGUUUUCUGUCAUUUUGGUUUUCUUUGCUGCUGUGAUAAUCACGUUGGCUCUGUUGCUUUUUCCUCGUGCCAGUGAGCUGCCAACCCCAGCUACAGAAAUUAAGAUUGUAGACACGUUCUUCCUUGGCCGUUUCGUCCUACUCGCCAUCUUGAGUAUGAUUUUCCUUGGAUGUCUGUUCUUAGUUUUGAUCCACCACGUCUUGCAACCUGUCUAUGCCAAACCCAUGAGAGCCAUUUCAUGAGACGGUGAACAGUCCCCCAAACCACUUUGCAAUGCUCUGGCCUUGGAAACAGACUUUUUUUGUAACAAAUGGGACAAGAUUAUCUGUGAUCCAAUCAAAUUUGCUACUAUUUUAAAAACCUUUUUAAAAUUGGGUUGAUUGUACUUGUUAUGUGAUAUCCUGAUUUUUGCAGGAUACAACACGUUGCUAAAUCGGCUUAAUAAAAUAUGGGAAUAUGGGUUCUAAGACUGCUUUUCCCAUUGUAUUUCCACUGAAUUCAUCCUCCCUGGAAAACUGUUUUCUACAAAGAUACAUUUGCUAAGGUAAAGUGUAUUGAUACCAUGUCAGUGUAACAGUUGGUAGUUAUGGUUUCCCCUUUUGCUGUAGCAGUUUAUUCAGUAAAUUCAAAAGUUUUCAAAAUGACUAA